AUGCUUUUCUUCAAAAUCAUCAUUGCUGCUGUUCUUGCAGCCACAAUCUCCGCCAGCCGGAACCCUGCACAAGUUGACCAAACUGUACCUCAUGAAGUCCUACAGCGACGACAAUUCGAAAAGAGGUCCUCAAGACCCCUCAAAACUCGUGACUCCGGAAAUAAUCCUUCCCCAAAUACUAUUAAGCCCCAACCUACGAGGCCUAACCCACCGACCUGCCAUCCAUGUGAUGAUGGACCCGGUUGUUGCUGA